UGUCACUUGGCCACCGUCGGUUUUGAGGAGAGUAAGGCAGCCAAGAAACGCAAGAACGAAUCAGCUGGCUGUAGUGGGGGGACAAAAAGAGAAAUUGUCAAGACCAUGAAACCGACUGAUUAAGGCUCUAUUAGCAGUUUGGGUUGGAUUUCGUUUCAUGUGUUUAAUUCAAUGACGUAGCAAAUCUAUUUGAUACAAUCAAGGUUAGCGGCUCGUUCGCUCGAGAGAGGGUUGUGUCAUUGAGCAAGCAGGACACGUCAGGAGAGGAGAGAAAAGCUAGCUAACUCUAUUAGCCGAAAGCCAUAUAAGUAGAACUCAUAUCGCCUCAUAAGAUAGCCUGUCACGGUUUUUUGCCAAGUAUCGCAAGCAACCACAAGACGGAUCUCGACGGACUCGCCGCCUGGAUCGAGGAUAACAGCGAGAAGACGUACCGAUCACGGGAUAGCAUAUUUGUGUGCGGGGCUGACAAAUGGGGGAUUACGGGUUCGGAGUCCUAGUACAAAAUAACACUGGCAACAAGUCCGCUUUCCCGGUCCGAAUCCACCCGCACCUGCAGGCCCCGCACCACCACCAGAAUGCGUCCCAGAGCCCCGCCUACAUAAACAGCACGACCACCGCGGGGAAUGGCACAAGCAGCGGCGGAGGCGGCUCGCCCUGGCUGUUCCCCGCCACUAGCGGCCACAGCAGCAUGCAGGAUGAGUUGCUGGGCCCGGAGAAGGUGAAAGGUCAGCCGCAGGAGGAAAAGCAACAGUCCCCGGGGAGCCACCAGGAGACGGGUCUGAUCUCGGAGCUGGAGAAGGCGAGAGGGGUGGGGGUGGGGGAGGAGGGCAAGGUCGACGGCAGCCCCUCGGACAGCGGCUCUGGGAAGGAGAAGCUGCGCCUGGAGUCUCCUGUGCUGACGCCUUUUGACUACCAGGACGCAUCCGGCCUUGGGCCCCCCGCCCCGUCCAGCACCUCCUCCUCGCUGGCGGGGUUCAACAACUGGUCGGCUGCCAUCCCCCCGGCUCCGUCCACCAUCAUCAAUGAGGACGUGAGCUUCUUCAACCCGGCUGCCUCUGCCAGCAACGGCCAGCUGCUGUUCCAGAACUUUUCUCACCACGUCAGUCCGGGCUUCGGGGGCAAUUUCUCCCCCCAGAUUGGGCCAGCACUCUCCCAGCACCACCCCCCGCCCCACCCCCACUUCCAGCACCCCCACCCCCAGCACCAACAGCAUCGGCGCUCCCCUGCUAGUCCCCACCCGCCCCCCUUCCCCCACAGGAACGCACCCUUCAGCCAGCUGCCCCACCUGUCCAACAACCUGAACAAGCCGCCCUCUCCCUGGGGCAGCUAUCAGAGCCCCUCGCCCUCCCCCUCCUCCACCUCUUGGAGCCCUGGGGGGGGCUAUGGGGGCUGGGGGGGCUCCCAGGGGAGGGAGUACCGGCGGGGGCUGAAUGGGGGCAUGACCCCCCUCAACUCCAUCUCCCCCCUGAAGAAGACCUUCCCCAACAACCACGUGGUAUCCCAGAAGUACUCCCGGACCAGCACCGGCUUCAACCCCAAGUCCUGGAUGGAUGACAGUGUGGGCCGCAGCGACAACAUCUUCCCCUUCCAGGAGCGGACCAGGUCUUUUGAUGGCUUCAACAUGCAUUCUCUGGAGAACUCUCUGAUCGACAUCAUGAGGGCCGAGCAGGACACCCUGAAAGGUCGUCUGGGAUUUCCACACCCGGGUGGGGACAACCCUCUGCCCAUCAAUGCCAGGAACUAUGGAAGGAGACGAGGCCACUCCUCCCUGUUCCCCAUGGAGGAUGGUUUCCCUGACGACGACCGUGGCGAGCAAGGGCUGGGGGGGCUGGGUGGGGGCUGUUUCCCCCACCAGAACGGAGAACGCGUGGAACGCUAUUCACGCAAGGUCUUCGUCGGAGGACUACCCCCUGAUAUUGACGAAGAUGAAAUCACCGCCAGUUUCCGUCGUUUUGGACAUCUGUUUGUGGACUGGCCUCACAAGGCCGAGAGCAAGUCCUACUUUCCCCCUAAAGGCUAUGCCUUCCUGCUGUUCCAGGAGGAGAGCUCAGUGCAGGCCCUGAUAGACGCCUGCAUCGAGGAGGACGGCAAGCUGUACCUCUGUGUCUCCAGCCCCACUAUCAAGGACAAACCUGUUCAGAUCCGGCCCUGGAACCUGAAUGACAGUGACUUUGUGAUGGACGGCUCUCAGCCCCUUGACCCUCGCAAGACCAUCUUUGUGGGGGGGGUGCCGCGCCCUCUUCGUGCAGUGGAGCUAGCUAUGAUCAUGGACCGUCUGUAUGGAGGUGUGUGUUACGCCGGCAUCGACACCGACCCAGAGCUCAAGUACCCUAAGGGGGCGGGGCGUGUGGCCUUCUCCAAUCAGCAGAGCUACAUCGCUGCUAUCAGCGCCCGAUUCGUCCAGCUGCAACAUGGAGAGAUAGAUAAACGGGUGGAAGUGAAGCCAUACGUCCUGGACGACCAGCUGUGUGACGAGUGCCAGGGCACGCGCUGCGGGGGCAAAUUUGCCCCGUUCUUCUGCGCCAACGUCACCUGCCUACAGUACUACUGUGAGUCUGGGCCGCCAUCCACUCCCGUGCCGGCCGCGAGUUCCAUAAGCCCCUGGUGAAGGAGGGGGGAGACAGACCCCGGCACAUCUCCUUCCGCUGGAACUGAGGAGGAGGAGAGGGGAGACAGAAAGAGGCAGAUGGAGGGAGGGGGGAGAGAGAGGAGUGGGGAGAAGUUAGGAGUCGCAGAAUCAUUGUACAAAAUAAAUGCACUUUUCUGUUGCUGGUUCCUUUUUAGACCUAAUUUGGAAAGAUUUUAAUUUUGGAGGUAAUAUAUACAUAUAUAUAUUUUAAAGAUAUAAUUUUACCUUUAUUUUAUGCAGUUUGAUUUUAUAUAUUUUAUUAGUGCACAAGAUUGGCCUUUUUCCAAUGCCUCCCUGAUGCAGAGAGUGGCGAGUUGGGGGGAGGCUUGCGUUGGGAUGUAGCUGCAGUGACCCCGCGGCGUUGACCAGGGCAGGGAAGGUUGUAGCUGUGAUUAGAGCUCUCCCUUCCUGUAGAGAGUGUGUGUGGGUGUGUGUGUGUGUGUGUGGACUCGGGACGGGCCAGAACCACAGCUCAGUCUCAACCCGUUAGAAGAACGACAUGGAAAGAGCGGGUUUUCCCGCAAUCGCUUCAAUCCUUGAAGCCUUUUUGUUUGUUUUUGUUUUUUAUUCUAGAUAUAAAUAUAAACCUAUAUAAGAGACCAUGCUAAUAUUUAAUGUUACUUGACGAUCGUUUAAAAAACAAACAAACAAGAGUUUGGGUUUAAUCUCCAUUUUGACAUGCAAAAACUAAUACCUCAAGCUUAGCUGCUAGCGUGCUGAUUGGUCAGACAGAGACGGACAGCUGGGCUCUUUCUCCCAUUGGAUCAUAACUGUAGGGGGGCGGGGCCAGCACAGGCACCGUUUCAGACAUUGCUUCGUCACUUCCUUAUUUUUGUAAUCCAACCAGGAUGGUGGUGGAGUUGAGUAAACAGUAAAGUUGCGGAAAAGAAGAGUAGAGUAGAGGACAGUACAGUAAAGUAGAAUCAAAGUAAAGCAGUGUCUGACCAGGGGAAUGUAUGAUACUGGAGGACUUGAAGACCCAGAGAACCGGCCAGUAUAGAGACAUUAAACUUGCAACCAACCAACAUGUUUUAGACCUUAUUAGAGGGUUCUGGGUUCUAGACCCUGUUAGAGGGUUCUGGGUUCUAGAUCCUGUUAGAGGAUUCUGGGUUCUAGAUCCUGUAGAGGGUUUUGGGUUCUAGACCCAGGUAUAUUAAGGUACAGGGCCAGCUAGUUCUCACAAAUAGAGGAAAAAGCCUUGAUUCUUUUUUUAAUUUUCUUGCAAUUGAGCCCACUUUCCUAUUUUGACACCUCUUAAAGAUGUCUUCUCUGGCCCUUGUUCCAAUCCUGCAGGAGAGGAGAGGAGGAUGCUGACGUCUGGUUUAGUCAUCAACACUUAUCCCUUAGAGGAGGGGACCUGUUUCCCCUUCUGUCCCCACCCAGCCAACUCAGCCAGUGUUUCUAAGCAUAAAUGAAGAUUCUCAAUAUUAUUGUUGUCAUCAUUAUCAGUAGUGGUAGGACCGGUGUAAUAUUACUUCAUCACCAAGGGCCCUGACGCAUGUGGCCCUGUGCAGUUCAGAGUGUCUCCACCAGGUGGCAGAAUAGAGCAGGAUCCUGGAGACCUGUGAUGGCCGCUGUGCUGCAGCAACCAGUCAUACCGUACAUCACUUCCUAUCUGUGGAUUUUAUUGUAAUUUUUUUUCUAUCGUUUAUUUCUCUCAAUUGGCUCCACCCAUGUCCUUCACUAUGGCCAGGUGGGCUCCUGUACACCAAAGACUGGCCCUGGAUCCUGUUUAGCAGACAGACAGACUUACACACAGACAGACAGACACGCAGGCAGACACAGGCAGAGAAGCAGGCAGUCAGUGGAUGGGUCCUUCUGCCUGGCAGAAGUGUCAAGCCGGCCAGUAGUUCUCAGCCCAGUAGAAGACGUCUGACUGGGUUCCUGCUGGUCUGGUCGUUCUACUGCGUGCCUUGCUAGCCCUCAAACCCAGGUCCUCCUGCCUACUGGCCCAUUGUGAAGAACCUGGGCUCAGGGCUGAGAUAUAGACACUCUAGACAGUACAGUCACUCACUUGAGACAGUCUGCAAGACCUGCAGUCUUAUCUGCACUCUAGAGUGGGGUCUAUAGUCUCUACCCUCACUAGACAGUCUGUAGUCUAUCUGCAAUUUCUGGGGUCUAUAGUUUUUCUACACUCUUUAGAGACAGUCUGUAGUCUUAUCUACACUCACUAGAGAUAUGUAGUCUCUCUAUACUCUCUAGAGACAGUUUAUAGUCUAUCUACUCUCACUGGAGUGUCUGUAGGACAGAAGUCCAUCUACACUCUGUAGAUAGUCUGGGCCUGUUUCACCUCUUCCAGGAAAUAGUUAGCGUGAUGGGUGAACAUUUUAGUAGACAAAAACAUUUUUUUGAUGAAUUUGAUGUUAAAGAGGAAGAAAAAGAAUAUAAGAUUAUUUUAUACAUGGCCUGCUGAUUUUGGUGCAGUGUUUUCUAGCUAAAUUAUUUUGUCAUGCACAUAAAAACAUUUAUUAUGCACUACUUUUCUAAAUAUCUUUUCUUUCAGACAGUCAUUUUAGGCACAUUUUUCACAAAAUGGGAAAACUCCUUUUUGCAAUACCUCAAUUUUUCACAUUGUGAAAGGUAGCUUUUGUACUUUUGUUACUGAGAGAUCUGCAUAUAUGGACAUUUUCAUUUAAAAGAGAAAUGUUUAGUGAUUUCGAUAUAUAUUAUUUUCAAUUAUGCUUUUUAUACAUUUCAGUGCUGAGGGAUCUUUACAAUUAAAAGUGCGCACUUGUGUUGUUGCGAUGUCUACCCUGCAGAGAGGGGAGAGACUGGAAAGUGGGUCUCACCAGGCCACAACUGGUCUCACCCGGCCUCGGUCGCCCUCUAGAAGAUUCUAGAAGUGGUACAGCGUGUCCAGGACCAGCUGUCCUCUCAUAUUAGUGUUGUGGUCUGGAAACAUGGCCGUCCUGGUGGCAGGAUGGUGGCUUAUCGGUAUCUCUAAGUACCCACUCCGUCACCGGAACAUACUAUUAUAAGGAGAAUGCAAAUUCAACACAGGUCUAUGUAUAGGUUGGGCCUCGUAUCACAAGAAUGGAUGUUUGGUGUUUAGGUAUUUUAACAUUUGAAAAUAUAUAUUCUUGAACUUGCCAACUAGCUCCUAUUGUAAUCCUUAGCAUGCAUGAAAAAGACCAAUGAUACGUGAAUUAGCUAUUGAAAAUUGAUUGUUGUGGUUGUGCACCAAAUGUUUCUCAACUAUAAUUUGUUAAGGGCAACCCCCCCACCCCUCCCCUGUACUACCCCCCCAUCCUCUAACAACCCACUCGCCUCAACCCACCCCCCAUACUUAACACUCAGCAGGAUGAUACACAGAAAACAAAGACAAUAAAGAUAAAACAUAAACUAAGACAUGAACUGGGUAGGACUAGCAUCCUAUAGGACACUGUUGAACAGACUCGAUCACUCACCCCAGUGCUCGGGAAAGGCGCUGCCAUGUUGAGAGAAGGGGAACUUUAAAACUUGAAUGUGGUAAAUGUUGCAAGUUAACUCGGAGUUGUUAUGUGCAAUACUUCUUUUGAACCUUUUUCCAGAUAAAGACUCUUUGCAAUGUAAUUCUUUAAUGCCAUUUUUAAUUGCAGACAUUUAAAGAAGAUGUUGAUAUGUUUUUCACAGUCAUUUUCUACUGUUAUCGUAAUCCUUUUCAUGCUGGUGUUUGUAAAAAAGAAAAAAAGAAAUCAAACUAUUUGUACUAAUAUAAAUAAUUGAAGUUAUUUUUAAAACAUUUAAAGGUUUUGUGCUCAUUUGCUUAUUUUGUUUAUUUCAAGCUACUGUGAUUGAUUGCAUUGUAAUUAUUAGGUCAAUAAUGUAUUUAGCUGUUCAUUGGUAUAUUUUUAAUUGGAAUGUAUAAUUACUUUUUAUAAUUUUGAUCAGAUUUAUGUUAUAUUUUUAAGGUGAAGCUUUUAAUAUGUUAAAGUGACUAGUUUUUACUAAUUGCUAUAUUGUGCUCCACAAUAUAUGGUUCUCAUUUUCUGAAGGAAAAUAAAUAUUUAAAUAUUUGUCUGUUAAUGAUGUCACUUAAUGGCGAAAUUUCAAUAGUUUUUAACUGUGUAUGGGAAGGUUGUUGUAUUUAUUCUUAGCAUUUUCUACCUAGAUACCACCUUCAUUUUUAUUAUCAUUUCACUUUAUAAGUUCCUAUUUUUGUAUUUUCUUUUCUUAUUAAGUUAUGUAAUAUGAAAUGUCCACAUUUUUAGGAGUUGGUCUGUUGAAGUACUAGUGAAAUGAAAAAGAAAAAUCUAAUGUUAUUUAAUUGUUUGCAGCCAACUAUUUAUAACAGUAUGCAUAAUUUUUAAAUAUUUGUAAUGUGAAAUGUUGAAUGAAAUAAAAACUUAACUGUGA